AUCGACGACCUCAAAUCAAUACCUCGUAAGUCCGAAAAUGCUGAUUUUCUUAUUUUGAUCGCUUCUGAUUCCUGUAAGUCUUCCCUAGCUACAGUUAGACAGCGAGCCGUAUAUAGCUGCUAGUUUGGUUGCAUAAAUACAUAAAACAAUACCACGUAAAUCGGAGCGAUGAAAAAUAGAUUCAUAGCGCGUAUAUCUCCUAUAUUCUAGGUUAAGUUUGCUGUAUAGCGUGAAUGUGCUGGUAAGUUUGUUGCAAUACUGUAUAUGCAUGUGUAAAAUAAAACUACAGAAUGUCAUACUUUGUCAGAAAACUUAUUAGAUAGCUGAGAACUAAAAAUUUUUAAAAUAGUUGGUGCCUAUUCAGUAAUAUUUGUUGGUAAAACAGACGCUUGACUUACGAGCUAUUGUACAUGAUAUACUAAUGAAUUUGUGUUCCGGAAUAUAUGACUUACGUGGUAUUGUUUUCAAUUACAGAAUGAUACAAUAUGAGCUCCCGGAGUAAACGUAUACUGGAAUUGUGUAACAACACACCACAUAAAGUACCAGUGGGGUAUAUGUCUAGCAAAAAAGACAAUGUCACUAUUACUACUCCGGAUAUCAGCGAAAAAGAAAACUUCAAUAUCUUAGAUCUACCAGUAGACAUAGUCAACGAGAGUUUUAUAGAAACGUUUGGUAUGAUUGAUGCAGAAAUUCUAGAAUCAGUUGAAACUACAAGUCUAGCAGUUCCGGAGUUUGACAAUAUGGAAAUUGUUCACGGAGAAGUUUCAGAAGUCGAAGGACUAUCUGAAGCUACAAACUUUGCAGAUCCAGAAUUCGAGUGUUCAGAUAUCGUUCAAAAUCAAACUCCAGGUGUUGAGGCAGAAGCUGAAAAUGCAGAAAGAAACAUUACGAGUCUUUACCAGGCUUAUGUUCAACAUUGUGAGAAGUCGAAUGCAAAGCCCAUGAGCCAAAAUUCCCUUACUAAGAUGGUGAAGAAACUGAAUAUUGCGUUGUAUCAGCCCAAAAAGGAUGCUUGUGACAUCUGCUGUCAAUAUGAAGAGAAAAACAUAUCUGAAGAAACUUGGAAAAUAUAUCAAGCUGAAAAAGAGCGGGCAAGAGUGGAAACAAGCAAAGAUAAAGAGGCAGCUUUGACAGGUACUCAACACGUUCUGACAAUGGAUUUGCAAGCUGUUAAAGUGUGUCCAUCAGUGAUGGCUAGGAUGGCAUACUUCAAAACCAAGCUAUGUGUCCACCAUUUCACCGUCUACAAUUUAGCGACGAGAGACUGUAUUUGUUAUUGGUUUGAUGAAACUAGUAGUGACUUACAGGCCUCAACGUUUGCCUCAUUUAUUGUAGAUUACAUCAGGAAACAUUUUAAUUGUGAAAAACCAAUAAUUAUAUACUCGGAUGGUUGCACUUAUCAGAACCGAAACACCAUUAUGUCUAAUGCACUGUUGCAUUUGGCUAUGGAUUUGAAUGUCACAAUUGAGCAAAAGUUCUUGAUAAAGGGACACACUCAAAUGGAGUGUGAUAGUGUGCAUGCUACAAUAGAAAGAAAACUGACAGAAAGAUAG